AUGUAUUCGUACCCCUAAAGCUAAAGAGUGUCAAAAUUUUAAAAGCUCAAGGGACUAUUUUUGACAUGUUCGAGCAUUACUAGAGCAGUCUUAGGAGAACCAGCAAGCAUUUUCUCAUUUUAGAUGACUUAAUAAAAGCAAGAUUAAAAAAAUCAAAGAGGAAGCAACAGUCAAAAUAGUUAGGAUGCUAUGAUAAAUAAUGUUAAAGUAAGGCCAGUUCUUAAAGUCGAUUCAAAUCUUGAAGCAUCCAGUGAUAGUCUUUACAAAGCAUCAUUUGCCAACAUUCCAGAUGAAAAUUUACUCAUUGUAAUAGUCCUCCCAUUUUUAGUGCCAGAUAGUAUUGUUAAAGCUGUUGCAGUAGAAGCCAAAUCGUACUUGGACUAAUUAAUGAAGGCAGGAUUUAUUAAUGUGAUAGAUACAAGGCCAAACGAUCUCUCAAAAAUCAAUAAUAGACUCAAUCAAAUAUUUUCAACUCUGUUUUAUCAAAACUAGUUACUAGCCUUACAGAAUAUGAUUAGUGACUCUGCUUUUGCUGGUAGUCCACUUGGGGUGACACCUUUAGCUCUACCCACAGUUUUGCAAUCAUAGGAUAGGUAGCAUAAAUAGCCAAUUGUUCAAUUAAAUCUCUCUGAGAAACUACUAUUGGAUGCAAGUGAAUUUUUAAACGCUGUAUAUGAUGACAUGUCUUCAAUCAAUGAACUCUUGACUUUAAAAGAUUAGACUCUUCUGAUAGAAGGAUGUGCAAUGUUUUAUAGAGGAUUCCAAGUAGUUAAUUCUUUAGAAGCCGUGUAUCUUAAGCCUCUCAUAAGAAUAAUCAAUAUCAAUGAUAUGUUUGAGAGAUCUAAUUCAUCAUCAGAGGAAACUUUAAUUGAUUACUUUUAUCUAAGAAGUAAACUAUCAAAGAAAUAAAAGUACCUUUAGAGGCAUGAUAAAGAUUAAGAGGACAUAUAGGAGUAAGAUGAUAUUCAUGAUUUGUCAGCAGAUCUAAGCUUAGAAGCUGAUGAUGACUAUAUUCAUCAUGUUAUAGAAUAAGGAAAUUAUGUGAAGCUUGAUGAAGAGAGUAAGGAUGGCUUAAAAGCCUAGGCUGCAAAGAAAAGCAGGGAUGAUUCAGAUGAUGAUGAUGACGAAGAUGAGGAAGAAAAGCGAGAGUCAAUUGCCUCCACUACCCCUAAUGUAGUCCCAAAGGCUGCAAGUGCACUUAAUGCCAAUACUUAAGUUGACAUAGAGCUUAAGAAACUGUUAAAUGAAAUAGAAAUCAAAUUUAGAAAAGAUGAAAGUGCUGAAGUUAGAGAGAAAAGAUCUAGGAAGAAGAGAGAUCAAAAUAAGACUAAAAAGCUUGCUACCAUUGUCGGUAGAGGUUAACUUAUCGUAGGUGUGGUUUGUCAUGUGCUCGGGGAUGAUAAUACUGGAGAGUUUGAUCCGUAUUUUGUUGAACGAAUUAAGAAUGCUAUGCAAAUAAUGAUAGACAAGCAUUUCUUGGAAGUAAUCGAGAACGACAUAAGCGAGAAUAAUACAUUUAAUACUAAGAUCCAGGCAUAAGAAGAACCUAAAAAAGAUUCUAGAGCUCCCAGGUCUUCCAGUUUGGGUCAUAGUAACAUUGAAAUUUUAGAGUCAAGCAGAAGAUUUACAGAUAAAAAAAAGAACCAAAUAUUUUAGGAUCCAAAUAUGCCUCAGUAAGCAAAUGAUUUUAUGAAUAAAUAAGGGACUUCAUUUGGCUUGAAAAAGAAUGAGUAUCUCUCAAAUCAAAGGACUCUUUAAACUAAUAUGGACUCUCCAGGACAACAAGAAAAAAGAGCGAGUUAAAAGCAGUCUACUAACAUCUUGAACUAAAUUGAUAAUGAAUUCAGAUUAGCGACAAUCAGCAUGCAUUAGAUCUAGGGUCAUUAAAGAAAGAGAAGUGGCUCAGUCACAGGCAACAAAAGCCUAUAAGAAAACAAGAGCAAACUACAAUAAAUUCAAAAUCAAAAAGGCUAAGGUUCAUCUAUUAUAAAGAUUUAGCCCAUUCUAGAUAAUAUAAGUGGAGUCAAAAUCUAUCAUUACGCCUUAUUGAACAAUGCCUAUGCUUCUAUCCUAUCUAAAAAUCUUUUGAGUUCAAUUAUUCCAUCUCUCAAAGAGCAGGCAGAUCCUCAACCAGUCCUUGAAGAAAAAGCUGAAUCAAUAGAUGAUAUCAUGGACUAUAUAGAAAGUCAACUAAAUACAAAUGUGAUCAUUAUUCAAUUAAUCUAUUUAUAGCAAAUAAAGCAACUCAAGUAGAAGUUCUAUAACAGCUCUGGCUCAUAAAUUUUCAAAGUUUAUGAAUAAGGAUUGCAAGUAGACUUGCCUGUUUAUAACUAGCUAACAAGGCAAUCAAUGACUAGUAUUUGGAUUGUUUGCAAAGUACUUACCAUAAAUCAAGAACUUAAAACUGAGAACUUAGGGUCAAGCUUAAAUCUUUAAAAUGGUUAAGAUGAAGAUGAACAAUUCUAAAAAUUUGAAAGAAAUCUUAAAAAGGAAUAAAGCCAAAGUAAAUGCAAAACUGAUUUGGAUGAUUAUAAGUUCUUGUUCUUAGCCUAUGAAAACGACAUUAUAACUACAUAAAGAGACGCAAAAGGGAAUCUAGUUAAGGAUUAUGAGAGCUCUUAUUAAAACAUUAGCAAUAUAGCAUAUAAGCUUUCAGUGCUAAAUUUCUUCUGA